ACAUAUACUGUUGACACCACAUACAGAACUGAUCCCAAUACAAACAUUGAAGAUAGUACCCGUUCAUUCUAUAUAACAUGGUAUCAAACGUAUUACCUCAUUCCAACUACCGAUUUUAAGAAUGCCUGUGGUUUAUAUAUACCAAAGGAUCCACCACAUGGACGUUCGGUAUCAGAUUUUGAGUUAAAGAAAACAAAAUGGUCGUGUCAAAAACUGAUGUCGAAGCCCCGGCUGUGAAGGAAGAGAUACCUCACGACCACUUGUACAAAGUCACCGGUUUGUCUGCGACGAAUUUGGAGAAAUUAGCUCAAGAGCCAGGGUCCGACUUCGAAGCGGCCAUCGCCGCGACGGGCUACGGCUGGUUCAACAUUAUCCUCAUGCUGUGUACGCUGCCAGCGUUCUGGAGCGCCGUGUCUGUGACCAGCGCGCCAUCGUUCAUCUUCACGAGAGCCCAAUGCGACUUGGAACUACGGCUGUUGGACAUGGGCACUAUAAACGCUAUGACCUAUAUGGGAAUGAUCUCAUCUGCAAUGAUUUGGGGGUUUUUAUCGGAUACCCUGGGACGGAGGUGCAUUCUCGUGUGGGGCUUCUUCUGCGCGGGGCUGGUGGAGGUGGCAGCCGCUUUCAGUCAGAACUACAAUAUGCUGCUCAUCACACGCUUCUGCAGCGGUUUCUUAUUCAACGGCCCAUUCGCGGUUCUGAUCUCGUACCUAGCGGAAAUGCAUAGAACAGAUCUCCGCGCACGAGUUCUUCUCUUAACCGGCCUGUUCUUCACCAUUGCGAACACAACGCUGCCACUCCUCGCCUGGGCUAUCAUCACCAAGGAUCUGGACUUUCAGAUCUUCGGCAAUAGUGUCGUUAUUCACAGUUGGAACCUAUUCCUGUUGGCGACAGCGAUGGUGCCGCUUGUGACUGGUGCGGCGUUUCUCUUCCUGCCAGAAAGCCCCAAGUUCCUGAUGUCCCGGGGACGCAAUGAGGAAGCCCUGGAAGGUUUCCGCUGGAUUUACUCCUUAAACACCGGCCAGCCGCCUGAGAGUUAUCCUAUUAUCAAGUUGGAAGAGGAAAAGACAAAACAGCGAGGGCGGGGUUUGGAAGCGUUAAAGGGUGGAGGUGCGCAGAUGGCGCCACUGUUCCAACGCCCGCACGUCGCUUGGCUUGUGCUCAUAUGCGCUACUCACAUGGGAUGCAUGUUUGGGUCAAACACCAUCCGGCUCUGGUACCCUCAGCUCGCAGCCAUGAUCGGGUCACAGGGCAACGAGACCCUCUGUUCAGCCAUCGCUCCGCACCCGAUAGAGGUUGAGCAGAUAGCCUGUACACCCAUACAGACAGACAUGCUGACUUACUUGCAGAGUGCCAUCGUAGGUGCUGGCUCCGUACUCACUUAUGGGAUUGGAGGUGUUUUGAUUAAUAAAUGUGGGAAGAAAUCCGUGGCGGGUGUAUGCGGCGUCUUCAGCGCGGCUUUCAUCGUGGUAUUGCCAUUUACGGGCAGCAAGGCUUUAACUCUCGUGGCGCUCUUCACAACCGGUCUGGCGCUCACUUCACUCUGCUCCGCUACCUUGUCCAGCAUUGCUGUCGAUCUCUUCCCUACUUCACUCAGGGUAAUGGCGAUGGCGACAUUCCUCAUGACCGGUCGGGUUGGUACCAUCAUGGGGACAGUAAUAUUCCCCGCGCUCAUGGACUUCGGGUGCCUACCACCGUUCAUGACAAUUGCAGUAGUUUUAAUGAUAUGCGGGCUUGCUUGCUUCUUUCUACCAAAUACUACCCUAAAGAAGUUGGAGUAACACAAAGAUUCGACCAAGAAUUGUGUAUUCAAAAUUUGUAUAUAAGUAGUUUAGGGGUCUGUUUUUUUUUAAUAAAUACAAAAGGUGACAAAA